UGCCAGAACAAGGAGGUCGCUGCUCUGAUCGAGAAGAUCGCCGGUAUCCAGGCCGCCAUCGCCGAGCUGCCGUCGCUGAGCCCGUCCCCCGAGGUCGACAGGCUCUUCACCGACCUCGUCACGGCCUGCGUCCCGCCGAGCCCCGUCGACGUGACGAAGCUCAGCCCGGAGCACCAGAGGAUGCGGGAGGCUCUCAUCCGCUUGUGCUCCGCCGCCGAGGGGAAGCUCGAGGCGCACUACGCCGACCUGCUCGCCACCUUCGACAACCCGCUCGACCACCUCGGCCUCUUCCCGUACUACAGCAACUACGUCAACCUCAGCAGGCUGGAGUACGAGCUCCUGGCGCGCCACGUGCCGGGCAUCGCGCCGGCGCGCGUCGCCUUCGUCGGCUCCGGCCCGCUGCCGUUCAGCUCGCUCGUCCUCGCCGCGCACCACCUGCCCGAGACCCAGUUCGACAACUACGACCUGUGCGGCGCGGCCAACGAGCGCGCCAGGAAGCUGUUCGGCGCGAGCGCGGACGGCGUCGGCGCGCGUAUGUCGUUCCACACGGCGGACGUCGCCGACCUCACCCAGGAGCUCGGCGCCUACGACGUGGUCUUCCUCGCCGCGCUCGUCGGCAUGGCAGCCGAGGAGAAGGCCAAGGUGAUUGCCCACCUGGGCGCGCACAUGGUGGAGGGGGCGUCCCUGGUCGUGCGGAGCGCGCACGGCGCCCGCGGCUUUCUUUACCCCAUUGUCGACCCGGAGGACAUCAGGCGGGGUGGGUUCGAGGUGCUGGCCGUGCACCACCCGGAAGGUGAGGUGAUCAACUCUGUCAUCGUCGCCCGUAAGGCCGUCGAAGCGCAGCUCAGUGGGCCGCAGAACGGAGACGCGCACGCACGGGGCGCGGUGCCGUUGGUCAGCCCGCCAUGCAACUUCUCCACCAAGAUGGAGGCGAGCGCGCUUGAGAAGAGCGAGGAGCUGACCGCCAAAGAGCUGGCCUUUUGAUUGAAGAGUGCGCGUGGUCAUUCUGUCGCCUGCGAUCGUGGUAACUUUCCUACUCGUGUGUGUUUUGAUGUUUGUGCCUGUAAGAGUUAUGCUUCCGGCCUUGUGCUGUUAAUUUACACGCGUUACAUGUAGUACUUGUAUUUAUACCUGGAAUAACGGUAUGUAACAUAAAUAUUAGUGGGAUUUGAAGUGUAAUGCUAAAUAAUAAGAAAACUUGAUGCAGACAUUCA